AAGACAUCAACGGAGGGGCUCGGGAGGCGAUAAAACCGGCACGGUCUCGGAAAAACGCAGUCCCGGCGGCCGACAUCUGAACUUUGGCCGUACCUAUUUUUUUUUUAACUAAAGUUUUUAACCCUAAUUUUCUUGAAAUCCAGGGCCGGAGAGUGUGAGGAGUCCGCCGCCGUCUCCUCCUAGGGUUUCCGACGCUCCCUCCCCUCUCCCCGCCCUAGGUUUCACCCUUCUCUCCCGUCGUCUCUUUCUUGCGGGUCCUCGGCGUCGUAGCUUCCACCCUUCCUCUCCUCCAUUUCGGGCUCUUCCCAAAACCUAACCCUAAAACCCAAAACCUCUCUUUCGAGCUCGCAAGAUACUUCGAGCUCACCCCAUGGAGAUUAAUCUGGGAAAACUUCCGUUCGAUCUCGAUUUCCACCCUUCCUCUCCUCUGGUGGCUUCCGGUCUUAUCAAUGGGGACCUCCACUUGUACCGUUAUGCCGCCGAUUCGCAGCCGCAAAGGUUAUUGGAAAUUAAUGCCCAUGUUGAGUCUUGUAGAGCAGUUCGUUUUGUCGAUUCGGGGCGCGUAAUUCUGACGGGUUCCCCGGAUUGCUCGAUUCUUGCCACGGAUGUGGAGACUGGAACUGCCAUUGCACGUCUAGAAGAUGCUCAUGGGGAUGCAGUGAACCGCCUGGUCAAUUUGACAGAGACGACAAUUACAUCUGGAGACGAUGAAGGGUACAUAAAGGUGUGGGACACCAGACAACAUGUUUGUUGCAAUUCCUUUCAUGCCCAUGAAGACUAUAUCUCUGAUAUAGCUUUCGUGCCUGGUACUAUGCAACUUCUAGGAACAAGUGGGGAUGGAACUCUAUCUGUUUGCAGUCUUAGGAAAAAUAAGGUGCAAUCCCAGUCUGAAUUUUCGGAAGAUGAGUUGCUGUCUUUAGUCAUAAUGAAGAAUGGCCGGAAAGUUAUUUGUGGAACUCAGACUGGAGCUCUGUUGCUAUAUUCUUGGGGCCAUUUCAAGGAUUGCAGCGACCGUUUUCUUGGGCACCCUAUGUCAGUUGAUACAUUAUUGAAGCUUGAUGAAGAUACCCUUAUUUCUGGAUCAGAAGAUGGAGUGAUCAGGUUGGUGGGCAUUUUACCAAAUAGAAUAAUUCAGCCACUUGCCGAGCACUCAGAAUACCCUAUCGAACGCCUUGCUUUCUCAAAUGAUAGAAAAUUCCUUGGCAGCAUUUCCCAUGAUCAAAUGUUAAAGCUUUGGGACUUGCAAGAGCUUUUGGAUGGUCAUCAGGGAGCCCCAGCACCAGAUGGUCAGUUGAUUGAAUCAGAUAGUGAUGACGAUGAAAUGGAUGUGGACAUAAAGCCUUUUAAGCCCACUAAAGAACCAAAGAGAAAGAAGGCUGACAAGGGUCAGACCUCAAAUACCGCAUUUUCAGAUUUCUUUGCAGACUUAUAGUGGAAUGUCCUCCAAACAAGACAUGUAUUUUUUCCACUGAAGAUGAAAGUGCUUCUUCUGCUAAUGUCAGCAAGACAGGGAUUUCAAUAGAAAUAGCGACCGUGAUUCUUUGUUUCUUUAUCGGCUUCCAAGAGGAAAAUGUAUUUAUACCGGCAACUUAAACGGGCUGAGUUGUAUCUUAUGAACCAAAUUAGUUUUUCUUCACAUUUAAAUUUGAACAAAUGUUGUUCCUGCUAUCUGGUUUGGAUUUGAUUCCUAUAUUGUUUGCUUUAACCAGUGCAUCCUUUUCAGCUUUUCCUUGUUAC